CAUGAUCAGUCCCUGCCAUGGCCCGGGAGGUGCCCGAGGUCCCGGAUGACGCCCUGUUCCGGGGGUUCCAGUCCCAGUGUGAGGACAAUGACGGUUGGACGAUCUGCUACAACAAGCCGGGGAUCGGGGUGUGGAUGAAGCCGCCGGAGGAGAGGACCAGCCCGGUACAGACGGUGAAGGGUCGUAUGAGUUUCCCGGACGUAGCGGCAGAGACGGUGUACGACGUCCUCCAUGACAUUGAAUAUCGCAGGAAGUGGGAUGUGACGAUGAUAGAGACCCGGGACAUCGCCCGCCUGUCCCUGAACGCCGACGUGGGAUAUUACUCCUGGAAGUGUCCCAAGCCUCUGAAGAACCGUGACGUUGUCACCCUGCGCUCUUGGCUGAUCUUACCCGACUCUUAUAUCAUCGUCAACUUCUCCGUCAAACACAACAUGUAUCCUGCCCGGAAGGAUUUGGUCCGGGCCGUCUCUCAUUUGGCGGGAUACCUGGUGAAGUCCAAUGGCCCCACGAGCUCCACCCUCACGUACCUGGCACAGGUAGACCCCCGAGGUUCCUUACCGAAGUGGGUGGUUAAUAAAUCUUCCCAGUACUUGGCACCGAAGAUCCUCCGGAAGCUGCACAAGGCGUGCCUCCAGUACCCGGCGUGGAAGAAGAAGAACAAGCCGGAGUUUAAGCCGUGGCUCGAUCCGGAACAGAACACGCUGCCCCGCAUAUCCCUUCAUGAGCUGUCCAUGCAGCGCGCGGAGUCCCUGGAGCACGUGGAUGAGAGUCAGCUGUGCGAGGUGACCGAGGACAAAGGUGACAACAGCGACGAGGAGGAAGACAAGACGUCCAGGAGAUGAACAUGGGGCCACGUGGGGGGACGAC